CCAACUCGAAGACACAAUCGUUUCAAUCACGACUAAAACAAACCGGCUAAACUGAGUUAAGAAAGUUCACAGGAUUGAACUUCAAUUAAACUGACAAGUCAACCAUGUUCCAAAACUGCAAAAAAUGUUAUGGUAGCCUUCCAGCAUCAGUUCUGUCCAGAAUCAAUCAAAAUCUGUUAAGCGUCUCUCAGGGAGGUUCAGCAUGGAAACAGACUUCAUGUCUUCUUCGGGCAAGACAUGAAGCUGUAGGAAGAAGAACUUUAUUAACUUCAGGACAACAGCACUUGUCACCAGAGCAGGAAUUAGCAGUCAGGAGCACAGUGUGCUAUCAUCAAGGUUUCCACAGAGAGGGGACUUUCCCUGAGAGUCUACCGGUAUUGCUUUCUCAGACGAUCGAUGAUCCAAAGAAUUCUGGGAUGACCGUAAAAGACAAGGAUUACUUGUACACUCUCAGGAACAAGGUUUGUCCAAGACACCCGUCAUCAGAAUGUGGACUCCCUCGUCUUUCAAGAUGCAAACGAUUGUUUCCAGAUUGGAGAGGGAUGCAGAAAGGCAUCUUUAUCACAAGACCAGAGAAGAGAUACUUCUCAUCCUCUUCAAAUCUCUCUCAUCCAGCCAGAGAGGAGAAUGUGAUGAAUAUUUUUGACCGUAAGACAAAGAGGAAGCAGAGAGACCGGGCUGCACUGGCAAAAGAUGUGGAGGUGUAUGAUUACAUCAAAGAUGAGAUAGCUUAUCGGAUGGUGGACAGAAUAAGAGAUGUGACCAGAAAAUUUCCAGUGGCAGUAGAUCUAGGCUGUGGACGAGGAUUGAUGUCCAAUUACUUGACAGAGGAUGAAAUUGGCACCUUGUAUCAGUGUGAAAUGUCAGAAAAAAUGUUGGACCAGGCCCCCGCCCCAGAGGGUGUGAAGACCAUCAAGCUAGUAGUGGAUGAAGAAUUCAUUCCUUUCAAAGAGGAGUCCUUGGAUCUAGUCAUAAGCAGUCUGAGCUUGCAUUGGGUGAAUGACCUGCCAGGGACUCUUCGUCAGAUUCACACAGCAUUGAAGAAAGAUGGAGCGUUCAUUGGAGCUGUGUUUGGUGGGGAUACACUCUUCGAGCUCCGAUGUUCAUUGCAGCUAGCUGAACUAGAGAGAGAAGGGGGAUUUGCCCCUCAUAUAUCACCAUUUACUGGUAUGCAAGACAUUGGUAAUCUGCUUACAAGAUCAGGAUACAGUCUGCUUACAGUUGACAAGGAAGAACUGCAGGUGAAUUACCCAUCCAUGUAUGAACUGAUGCAUGACCUUAAAGGCAUGGCAGAGAGCAAUGCAUCCUGGUCCAGGAAAAACUAUCUUCAAAGAGAUACUAUGGCCGCUGCAGCUGCAAUUUAUAAAGAUAUGUACGGGAAUGAAGAUGGGUCCGUACCAGCUACUUUUCAAGUCAUCUUUAUGAUUGGUUGGAAACCUGACAAAUCACAGGUAAGAGUCUCAUUAAAUCCUUGGUGUGCCACCAUCAUGAAUGAAAUUGCACAAUUUAAGUUUCUGUGCUGUUUUGUAAUAUCAAUGGGCUCUAGAUGACUUUGGUAGGUAGUACUUUUUGAGUCACCAAAAGCCCUUUGAGAUUUGAGUGAUGUUUCUCUUUCUAAAAACAAAAACAAAAAUGAUAAUAAAGUCAAUUUAAAAAAUAAUACAAUGCAUAUUUGUUUUAUAAUUAUCACAAACCGUUGAAGUAUCAGUACUUUACUGCAAAAACAAACAAAGAAAACAAGACAUAAAAUAAUAGGGGGAAAAAAGUUUAACAAA